ACGGAUCGGUCGUAGUAGGUCUUGCGGCAAGCGCUGCCGAACGGUGUUUUCCGCCUCGUGCGCUGCGUGAUUUGAACGGUGGACUACGCGGGAAAACACGUGAUCGAUCGUCAGAUCGGGAAACGGUUUUUGUAUUAAAAGUGAUUGGAAAAUUGUGAAUAAGAUUAAAAAAAGUGAAAAGCAUUAGAUGAGGAAAUAGAAAGUUGAGUAAAGUGUAUAUUUGCGAAGAAACAAUUAUUUAACCAGUAAUCCUAAUCGAAUCGAUAGGAAAAUGACGGAAGAGCUUCAAACUCAAACACAGCCCCAGGCGGCUCCACCAAUGCAGCCGCAACCGAAACCACGACUCGGCCCGCAGGACUAUCGCAACUCCGAACUCGUCACCAAGCUGAUGGCCGCCAAUCCGCCCUACCUCUACUCGCCAGCCGUCGGUCCACACAACUUUUUCUUUAGCGAGAUGCUCCGUUCUUUGGUCGCGAACAAGCGCAACGAAAGUCUGCGUAACGCAACGGAGCAACUUCAUCACCAACAACAGCAACAGCAACAACAGCAGCAACAGCAACAAUCGCAGCAACAACAACCCAUUCAACAUCCAACCCAUUUGACCAGCAACCAGUUAGCGCUUCAGGCCGCAUCAACCCGUCGGCCACGCAAACGCUCCUGGAGCCAGCACCGAUACUAUCCCGACGCGUUAAAGGACGGCAAAGACGCGGACGAUAGGCGACCGGCCCAGCCCGAGAAGCCACUCGAGCUAACCAACAAACUGUCGUCGUCGUCGGCGUUCACUAGAAGCAUCAGCUCGACCACGGGUCCUCCAAAAUAUCCCGACGGGCUCGAUGGAAGCCCCUCCGAGGGCUUUAAGGCACCGUCGUUCCACGAUCGCAAGCCGCACGACACGAAACCUCCGACGGCUGCUGGCGUUCCCGAUAAGGCGCCGAUUAGCAGCAGCACCCUGCUCCAGGAGCCUCCGGCAGCUUCAAUGCCACCGUCCGAUCUUAUCCUUCCCCCUCCGCCACCCGUCUGGUAUCCUCCGCUCUACCCACCGUACGGUAUCGAUCCGUUACACUUUUUCAUCGAUCUGCGCGUCUCGGGACACAUUUACGACCGCAAGAAGGAAUCCGGCUCAUCCAGCACCAGCUCGGAAGACUCGGUGCUUACGGUAAAGCGCGAACAUUCGAAGCUCAUCGGGGCGGGCAACGAUCGGCAGGGGUCGGCAUUCAGCGUUCCAAAGCCCAGAGACGCCACGAUCGGCAACAAACCCGCACCGAUCAAUCUCACCGCACCGCCGGAGGAGGGUGAAGGUGUGCCCGGGGAUGGGUACGGUGCAAAGGAAGGAACCGAUCAGCAGCCACCAACCAUGGGAUCGCUGUUCCUGGGCGAUGCCGGUGAUCAUAAGACGAUCGAUGCGAUCAAAAGCACCAACUAUGUGCUGCAGAAUUUGCCCCGCAUUUACGGCGAUCUGAACGGCAAUCACAAGCUGGUCGAUCGAUGCCUGACGGAGGACGAUGAGACGAAUGGGAAUCUGAGCGAUGAGCAGGAGCAGGACAGCAAAUCCGUUGGCUCGGCGGACGAUCUAAACGGGGAGGAAAAUAAGUAUAAAGAUGUCGAUUUGAACGUCAUUUCGGACGAGGAAUCGAUUGCGGUUGAUGAGAAUUGAAUCGUUACUGAGGGGAGGGGGAUGGGCUCGCCAAGUGGAAAGAAAGUGUUUAGCUAUCAGAUGUAUCUUUCGCUUCUCGUUGUGCCAUAUAGCGCAUGCUAUUUCAUAUUACACGUAAAUAUAUUGCAUGUAUAGAAGA